AUGCAUCAACUUCACUCACCUGACAGCAUUACAAGGCCGAAUGUCGAGGCCAACCAUGAGGCCGGUGAAAUUGCUGGGGAUUCACCAAACUCAUGCUUCCACUCUGUCAUUUCUUAUCACCAUGGCAAUGGGCAACCUGACAAAACGACUAUUUGGGUACCGGAUGUAGAACCAUGUCUUUUCAGUUUCUGCACUAGUCUUGAUCAACCCGUACAACACAAAAUUCGUGAUCAUCUUGUCUCGAAAAGUGUGAUACCACUUUCCAUUUCGAAGGGACACUUGGUUGAAGGUGAUUCGUGGAAAAGUUUUCGGAUCUACGAGUUGAGCUUUUUUCUGCCACGACGUGACAGACAUCGUCGGAAUGAGGAAGCAUCACUUCGAAAAAUACGCACUAAAUAG